CGUUAUUAUGCUCAGUCCGUCACAGAUCCUUUCAGCUGCAGCGUGUUCCGCUUUCUACUUUCUGCUAAACAUCGAUAAUACCCCGGUGUGACUCGGAACAACAGCCUGUUAGAAUGUCCCGGGAGCAGGUUGCCGUGGAGCGCGCAAGGAGAGCCUUUCUGACAGGCAGAUCCAAGCCCCUGGAAAACCGGAUAAGACAGCUCAAGAAUCUCCAGAGGUUGUUUGUGGAGAGACAAAAAGACAUUGCAGAUGCAAUUAAGAAAGAUCUCAAUAAAAGCGAUGUCGGAACCCAGAUCUACGAGACCUUGGGGCUUGAGGGGGAGAUUGCUCUGGCUGUGAAGAAGCUGGCAGAAUGGGCUGCCCCGCGCCCUGUGGAGAAGAACCUGCUGACCAUCUCAGACACAGUCUACAUCCAACCUGAGCCCCUGGGCGUGGUGCUAAUCAUCGGGGCCUGGAACUACCCCUGGGCUGUCACCAUACAGCCCCUCAUAGGAGCCAUCGCUGCUGGCAAUGCUGCUGUGGUGAAGCCCUCAGAGGUGUGUGUCCACACCGCCAAGCUCAUGGAGGACCUGCUGCCCAUAUACAUUGACAAGGAGCUCUACCCGGUGGUGACCGGUGGCGUACCAGAGACCCAAGAGCUCCUUCGCCAGAGGUUCGAUCACAUCUUCUACACGGGCAACAGCAUGGUGGGCCGCCUGAUCAUGGAGGCCGCAGCCAAGCACCUGACCCCCGUCACCCUGGAGCUGGGAGGAAAGAGCCCCUGCUACAUCGACAAGAACUGUGACAUCAGCAUGGCGUGCCGGCGUGUUACCUGGGGGAAGUACACUAACUGUGGGCAGACCUGCAUAGCCCCAGACUACAUCCUGUGUGAUCCCAGUAUCCAGGAUCGGGUGGUGGAGGAGGUCAAGAAGUCCAUCAAGGCUUUCUACACAGAAGACCCCAAGACCUGUCCUGACUAUGGGCGCAUUAUCAACCAGCGCCACUUCAAGAGGAUCUUGGCGAUGGCAGAGGACAGUACCAUUGCACAUGGAGGCGACAACGAUGAGUCUGAUUGUUACAUAGCCCCCACAGUGCUGCGGGAUGUGCAGCCAGACUCAAAGGUCAUGCAGGAGGAGAUUUUUGGUCCUCUGCUUCCUAUCGUGACUGUCAGUGGACUAGACGAGGCCAUCAGCUUCAUCAACCAGAGAGAAAAACCCCUCGCCCUCUAUAUCUUCUCGCCAGAUGACAAGGUGAUAAAGAAAGUGAUAGCAGAGACCUCUAGUGGAGGAGUGCUGGCCAAUGACUGUCUGGUGCACUUCUCAGUGAGUGCGCUUCCCUUUGGAGGAGUGGGUAACAGUGGUAUGGGCUCGUACCACGGUAAGUUUGGCUUUGACCAGCUGAGUCACCUGCGGGGCUGUCUGAUCAAGCAGCUGAAGAUGGAGGGGGUCAACGACAUGCGCUACCCUCCACACACGCACAAGAAACUAGGCUGGGCCCGGUUCUUCAUCCUCAAGAACCCAGACCUGGGCUGGAUGGGCCGCAUGGCUCUGCUGGCUGUGCUGGCUGUGGUGGCAGCUGUGGUGCUACAGAGAUUUCUGCUGUGAGGUCACAAUGAUAUACUCCUUUUACCACCGUAAUGGAAACCACUAAGGAAUGACCAUGAACGUCAAUAACUUGAUGAACUCUAUCCCAGAUGUGUCUCGAUAAUGCUGCACCCUUCAUCGACUACCUGACAGUGACAGAGGGAUUAGGGGACACAGACCCUUUUAUAUACACCCUCACUUAACCAGAUGUAUCAUUUCAGAAGGAGUAAUAUAAGCAAACUAAAGAUGUAUUUAAAUGAGAUCUUUUAACAUGUUUAUGGCACUUUAAUCAACGUCUUAUAUUAUCAAAAGAAAGAAAAAAAGCCUUAAAUGUUCAUUUUAAAAACCGUUUUACUACUUUGCUGCUUUCACUCUUGUUAAUGAAGUAACCAAGCUGAAAUGCCUUGGCAAUGUUGUUUACCUGCCUUACACUCUGAAGUCAUACAGUUGUUAUGCAUUCCGUAGUAUUCAUUUCCAAAAAUAUUUGAGUUUCUAAGGGUUUUUGCCAAUCCUUUUACAUUUAUAAAGGUAUGAUCAUGAAAUGAUAUUUUACUGGUGGUUCACAACUAAAACUACAUGUUUGCAGUUAUGCUUUAGUGGAUACCAGAGAAGCACAACACGUUUUGUAACCAUUCAUAACACGGUGAAUCAGAAGGCUAGAUUGCUUUUGCUUUUUUUUUUAUUGCAUUUGUUUAUUCUCCAUGCGUGAAUGUGUGUUGGUACAUCGUUUUUACUAUACUGACUAUAUUGACACUGUUAUGAGGCCUUGUUAUGCUUGACUUCAAACACCACAUCAUCGAUCGGUUGAGCAGUCAAUUGCAAUUUUAUUAACUUCCUUUCAAGCCACAGGCCUGACCAGGGAUGGAGGAGGGCAGGGACCAAUUAAAGGGCUGUUUGCUACUCUUCAACAUUCCUAUGGCUUAGCCAACUUGACUAACUUACUGAUUGUAUUCUUUGAGGUAAAGUCAAUGAAGCCAUUGUAUUCAUUUCAUUUUUUCAUUUAAAACUGUGACUGGAAGGAACCAGGCUUUUCCCAUUGAAUUUCAAUUGUUUCAAAAACAUGUCACGUGUCAUUGAUUGACACAAGUUGUAAAUCCAAUUAAAAGAAUUGCCCUUCACA